AUGACUGCUGUUACUGCAGGCAACGUUAACUUCAAAUGGGACCCCAAAAGCUUGGAGAUAAGAACACUGGCGGUUGAAAGACUACUUGAGCCUCUUGUUACGCAGGUAACAACACUGGUUAACACUAGCAACAAGGGCCCCUCUAAUAAAAAGCGGGGGCGUUCUAAAAAGGCCCAUGUUUUGGCUGCUUCAGUUGAACAAGCAACAGAGAAUUUCCUGGAGAAAGGAGACAAAAUUGCGAAAGAGAGCCAGUUCCUUAAAGAGGAGCUGGUAGCGGCUGUGGAAGAUGUUCGUAAGCAAGGUGACUUGAUGAAGAGCGCUUCGGGGGAGUUUGCAGAUGACCCCUGCUCCUCUGUGAAACGAGGGAACAUGGUCCGAGCGGCGCGCGCCCUCCUCUCCGCUGUUACUCGACUGCUGAUUUUGGCCGACAUGGCAGAUGUCUACAAGCUGCUUGUUCAACUUAAAGUAGUGGAAGAAGGUAUCUUGAAACUAAGAAAUGCUGGCACAGAGCAAGAUUUGGGUAUCCAGUACAAAGCCCUCAAACCAGAAGUGGACAAGCUUAACAUAAUGGCAGCCAAAAGACAACAGGAAUUGAAAGAUGUGGGUCACCGUGAUCAAAUGGCGGCAGCCAGAGGAAUUCUGCAGAAGAACGUUCCCAUUCUUUAUACUGCAUCGCAGGCCUGUCUGCAGCACCCUGAUGUAGCUGCUUACAAAGCCAACAGGGACUUGAUCUACAAGCAGCUUCAGCAAGCGGUCACGGGCAUCUCAAACGCAGCUCAAGCAACUGCAUCAGAUGAUGCUGCCCAGCAGCAGGGUGGAGGUGGAGAGCUGGCUUAUGCUCUGAACAACUUUGAUAAACAAAUUAUUGUGGAUCCAUCAACCUUCAGUGAAGAACGUUUUAGGCCUUCCCUGGAAGAGCGCCUGGAGAGCAUCAUUAGCGGAGCAGCCCUGAUGGCUGAUUCAUCCUGCACACGUGAUGACCGACGGGAACGUAUAGUUGCCGAGUGUAAUGCAGUGCGACAGGCCUUGCAGGAUCUACUUUCAGAAUACAUGGGGAAUGCUGGACGCAAAGAAAGAAGUGAUGCACUGAAUUCUGCAAUUGAUAAAAUGACCAAAAAGACCAGAGACUUGCGUAGACAGCUCCGCAAAGCUGUUAUGGACCAUGUAUCGGACUCUUUUCUGGAAACAAAUGUUCCGCUUUUAGUAUUGAUUGAAGCUGCCAAGAACGGGAACGAAAAAGAAGUUAAAGAAUAUGCCCAGGUUUUCCGUGAACAUGCCAACAAACUGAUUGAGGUUGCCAACUUGGCCUGUUCCAUCUCAAACAACGAAGAAGGUGUGAAAUUGGUUCGCAUGUCAGCCAGCCAGCUUGAAGCCCUGUGUCCCCAGGUCAUUAACGCUGCACUGGCUCUGGCUGCUAAACCCCAAAGCAAGCUGGCUCAAGAAAACAUGGAUCUCUUCAAAGAGCAGUGGGAGAAGCAAGUCCGUGUGCUGACAGAUGCUGUUGAUGACAUCACUUCCAUUGAUGACUUCUUGGCUGUAUCAGAGAAUCAUAUUUUAGAAGAUGUAAACAAAUGUGUCAUUGCUCUCCAAGAAAAAGAUGUUGAUGGUUUAGACCGCACAGCUGGUGCCAUUCGAGGACGUGCUGCUAGAGUCAUUCAUGUUGUCACUUCUGAAAUGGAUAACUACGAACCUGGAGUCUACACUGAGAAGGUUUUGGAAGCAACUAAGUUACUGUCCAACACAGUUAUGCCGCGGUUUACUGAGCAAGUAGAAGCUGCUGUGGAAGCACUGAGCUCAGACCCUGCUCAGCCAAUGGAUGAGAAUGAAUUUAUCGAUGCUUCGCGACUGGUGUACGACGGAAUACGAGAUAUCAGGAAAGCCGUACUGAUGAUCCGGACUCCCGAAGAGUUGGAUGAUUCUGACUUUGAGACCGAGGAUUUUGACGUCCGAAGCAGAACAAGUAUUCAGACCGAAGAUGAUCAGCUCAUUGCUGGACAAAGUGCGAGGGCUAUCAUGGCUCAGCUCCCUCAAGAGCAAAAAGCUAAGAUUGCUGAGCAAGUCGCAAGCUUCCAGGAAGAAAAGAGUAAAUUGGAUGCUGAAGUAUCAAAAUGGGAUGACAGCGGUAAUGAUAUAAUUGUUCUGGCAAAACAAAUGUGUAUGAUUAUGAUGGAAAUGACAGACUUCACCAGAGGUAAAGGUCCACUGAAAAAUACGUCAGAUGUGAUUAGUGCAGCCAAGAAGAUUGCCGAGGCUGGGUCAAGGAUGGACAAGCUGGGACGGACUAUUGCUGACCAUUGCCCCGAUUCUGCGUGCAAGCAGGACCUCCUAGCCUACCUGCAGCGCAUCGCGCUCUAUUGCCAUCAGCUGAAUAUCUGUAGCAAGGUGAAGGCUGAAGUUCAAAACCUCGGCGGGGAGCUGGUUGUGUCUGGGGUGGACAGUGCCAUGUCUCUCAUCCAAGCAGCCAAGAACCUGAUGAACGCUGUGGUGCAAACCGUGAAGGCUUCUUACGUGGCAUCCACCAAGUACCAGAAGUCCCAGGGCAUGGCUUCGCUCAAUCUUCCCGCUGUCUCUUGGAAGAUGAAGGCUCCGGAGAAGAAACCCCUGGUCAAGAGGGAGAAACAAGAUGAAACCCAAACUAAAAUCAAGAGAGCGUCCCAGAAGAAACACGUUAACCCGGUGCAGGCCCUCAGUGAGUUCAAGGCCAUGGAGAGUAUUUAAAGAGAGGUCUCGGUCUUGGUUAUUUUUUUUUCUCUAGCCCACUACUGCUACUUCCAGAACUCUACUUUUAAUAUUCUAAGGAUUUUUCAAAAGUUUACUAUUCCUCAAAAUGUAUUUACUUAAUAUAAUUUUGAUAACUUUGUUUAGAUUACGUGGGGAAAUGCUCAAAUUUAUAAGUCCUAUCAGUAUAGCUUCAGCCUGCGGAAGAGUGUUCAUUUAGAUUGCUUUUAGAUUUCAGGGGUGUAUUUCUAGAGGAAAAUUAUUUUGUAUAAUCUCGCUUUAAAUAAAAUAUUCUAUAACCAAAGAGGGUUUUACAGCAACACUAAUGGUUAACACUAACAGUUGAAUCAUGCUACGCGGAGACUGCAGUUUUUCAUGGUGAUUGAGAGGGGGAAAUUGCAAUCUUUUCACUCUGAAAAAAAUUAAUUAAAGUAUUGUGUGUAUUAGUGUAUUCCCGCUGUCGGGGUGGCAAGGGAGCGAGCUUUGUACGCUCAAAGGAGCGUGACAAUGCCAGCAGGCGCUAGCUGCGCUGCCGCAACAGCCUGACCACAACUGGAAAACAUCUGGAAAAGCUACAGAGCCUCGCCCGGGCUGGGUCCCGCACAGCGGGGGGGGCGUUUUUGGAGACGCGCUCGGUGGUUUCGCCACGCCGCUCGCCCUGGGCCGCCCGAGAGCUGUUUGCCAGGCCGGUGGCUCCCACCCUGCCUGGCGUACGGGGCACCCGCCCGUGCCUCCGCGGGCCUUUUCGGAGGGGGUUUCACACGCCUCUCGCCUGGGGGAGCACCCAGAGCAAACCCCGUGGGACACACGAUCAGGGAGGCGGCUGAUUACUUCUGUAAGACACCGGCCGGGAAUUUUAAUGCCUGGUUACAAAUUACUCAUGUAUUUUGCUGCGGGACACUAAUAAAGUUGCUUUUACCAGCCGGCGUAUUGUGGUGCUGUGAAUGGAGCGGGCUCCCAGCCCGCCCCUGCUCCCCCUCCCCGCCAUUCAGAUGCAAAUCGGCUUUGUACUCAUUUCUCAUAAUUGCUCUGCAUCCCGCCUGGGGCUUCCAAAGGCACCCAGCAAAUAAUGUUUGCUCAGGCUGCAAUUUAGACUGUACAUUAUUUGUGAUAACUAUAGCUACAAGGUAUAAUUUCGCCGUCGUAUUUAAAUUUUAUGAAUUUCAGC